GUCUUCAGAAUUGUUUAUUGUUUCUUAUCUACAAAGUCCCUUCUCUGCCCGACCUGGAUCUGACCAGCAGGGCAGCCAAAGGCGCUCUGACCACCCCCAAGGUGGGCACAUCUUUUAUAACAAAAACUACAAAUAUCAGAUUUACCUUUCAUCCCCAAUACCUGUCACCCUCGUCACCCAGUGCACCCUCACCCCAGACCAAUCCCCAAGUGCCAACACCACCACAGCAGAUGGAUGACAAGAAGAAGAAAGAAGAGCUUUGUGACACGCCCUGACUCCUCCAUCUUGUCUCCACAACCCCCCUGUACCCAAAACCCCAAAAUCUGGGAUUUACCCUAUAAUUGUGUCUUCCCUUCACCAUUCCCACCCCAGUGAUUCCCACAGGUUCCAUCUCCUCACACACAGGUGGCACAUCCCUAGAUGGAUCAAAAUCCAUCCACCAAGUGCUUCUGGCAACAUUCCAAGGCCCCCGAGCCCCCCAAGGGUUCUCUGGGUAGCUCUGGACGUCAGGAGGGAUGGGCUGAGUUCCCACACAGACUCAGGUGUUUGUUAUUUCUGAUCAGUGAAACACUCUCACUGCUGGGAGUUGGGCAGAUUUUCAUCAGAAGGCACAAAAUGCCCAACAAUCUCUUGGUACAAGGGCAUUUGAGACUAAAUUAUCCCAUUAAGAGCUGACACCUGGAUUGUUUCCCUUUUAACCCCAUAACUGAUCCCACAGAGCCCCAGUGGGGACUUUCCUGCCCAGUUACAAAACUCCACCCAAACCCACGGAGAAGGAGGAAGAGGAAGGUGAAGAAGAAACCCAGGACCACACCCUGUGCCCUCCAUCUCCUUCCAUCCACAGCACACUAAAAACCCCAAACCCUCAAUUUCUCACCCAGUGACACACCUGCACUGCUCUCUGUAAUCUGUUUCACACUUUUGUGGGUUCUGUCUGGAACUCCAGGUGAGUUUCUCCAGGAGUGAGGGUCAGAGUCCGAGCUGCCCUGGGGUCAGGGCACCCCAGAGCAGACAGAGACAUUCCCUGUGAGCCCUGGGUUUGCACACUGGUCAGUGGCUGUGCCAGGGAGCCCACGGUGUGGGGGUGCCCGGCAGGGAGAGGCUGGGAGGGCUCAGGGGAGGGGGACCCUGGCUGCUCUCCUGCCCCUGGAGGCAAUUCCAGAGGGGCAGGGGGUGCCAGGCAGGGCUCUGUGUGCCCCAGCCGUGCCAAACCCCUCGGCUGUGGAGCAGGGGCAGAGCUGAGGGUGCCAGGCAGGGCUCUGUGUGCCCCAGCUGUGCCAAACCCCUCGGCUGUGGAGCAGGGGCAGGGGCAGAGCUGAGGGUGCCAGGCAGUGCCCUGUGUGCCCCAGCCGUGCCAAACCCCUCGGCUGUGGAGCAGGGGCAGGGCUGGGGGUGCCAGGCAGUGCCCUGUGUGCCCCAGCUGUGCCAAACCCCUCGGCUGUGGAGCAGGGGCAGGGCUGGGGGUGCCAGGCACAGGGCUCUGUGUGCCCCAGCCGUGCCAAACCCCUCGGCUGUGGAGCAGGGGCAGGGCUGGGGGUGCCAGGCACAGGGCUCUGUGUGCCCCAGCCGUGCCAAACCCCUCGGCUGUGGAGCAGGGGCAGAGCUGAGGGGUGCCAGGCAGUGCCCGGUGUGCCCCAGCCAUGCCAAACCCCUCGGCUGUGGAGCAGGGGCAGGGCUGGGGGUGCCAGGCAGUGCCCGGUGUGCCCCAGCUGUGCCAAACCCCUCGGCUGUGGAGCAGGGGCAGAGCUGGGGGGGGGAGGGCAGAGCAGGAGCAGCUGUGGCAGGACAGAUGUGCCAGGAGAUAAAUCCGCCCAGGGCAGCCUUAUCAGGGACCAGCAGGGCCGGGGGAGGAUCUGCUCCGGCUGAUGGAGGGGUUGGCACGUGAGGAAACGGGCCGGACACCCGGGGACGUUGGGGGCUGCUGGAAAAGGAGGGCAGGGCUGGCCUGGAGUGCCUUGGUGGCCUUGGGAGCACCCUGGUGGCCCUGGGAGUGCCUUGGUGGCUCUGGGAGCACCCUGGUGGCUCUGGGAGUGCCCUGCCAGCCUCAGGAGUGCCCUGCCAGCCUCAGGAGUGCCCUGCCAGCCCCAGGAGUGCCCUGCCAGCCCAGGAGUGCCCUGUUUGCCCCAGGAAUGCUCUGCCAGCCCCAGGAGUGCCCAGACAGCCCCAGGAGUGCCCAGACAGCCCCAGGAGUGCCCUGCCAGCCCCUUGGCUGUGCCGGGGUGGGCUGGGGGCUCCAGGGGGGUCGUGGGCCAGGCUGGCACCCCGUCCCACACUCAGAGGUGUGUGGCCCCCGUGGGUGCCUGGAGAGGAACUUCCCACAAGAGCAUGCGGUGACAGGGGACAAGGUGGGACAGUUUUGGGCUGAAAGAGUGGAUUUAGCUCGGGUAUCAGACAGAAUUCUGCCCUUGGAGGGUGGGCAGGCCCUGGCAGAGGUUACUGCCCCUGGAUCCCUGGCAGUGCCCGAGGCCGGGCUGGAGGGGGCUUGGAGCACCUGGGAUACAGGAAGGUGUCCCUGCCAUGGAAGGGGUGGAGCAGGAGGAGCUUUAACGUCCCUUCCCCCCAAACCCUUCCAGGGGUCCGUGAUUCUGCGAUCGUUCCGUGGGGAGAGCCGCGGUGGGCACUCCCUCUGCGCCCGUGGGCACUCUCACCGUGCCCGUGGGCACUCCCACCGUGUCCGUGGGCACUCCCCCUGCUGUCCCACCGUGCCCGUGGGCACUCCCCCUGCUGUCCCACCGCGCCCUGGGCACCUUUUGGGAUUUGCUGCUUUCCCUUUCCCAGCAGCUCAGGUCCCGUCCCGGAGCUUUUCCCACCCUUGUCCCACCGAGCCGCGGCGAUUCCCGGUGCGGUGCCACAUUUCCGCAGGGAUGGGGCUGGAUGCGGUGCCACAUUCCCGCAGGGAUGGGGCUGGGUGCGGUGCCACAUUCCCGCAGGGAUGGGGCUGGAUGCGGUGCCACAUUCCCGCAGGGAUGGGGCUGGAUGCGUGCCACAUUCCCGCAGGGAUGGGGCUGGGUGCGGUGCCGCUCCUGUCACCGCUGUCACCCCUCUCACCCCUGUCAUUCCUGUCACCGCUGUCACCCCUCGGAGGGGUGAGCCACCCGGAGCCCUGCCAGCCCCGGGCUGCAGUGGCACCGGGUCCCCGCAGACCCCUCCCCGCCCUGGAUGCCAGCCCUCCGUCCCCAUCCCGCAGCCCACGGCGUGUCCCGGUGCCAGCGGUGCCCGGGCAGUGCCAGGAGCAUGGCACGGGGGCUGCAGUGCCACCGACACAAGGGCUGCAGUGCCACCCUCGGACUGGUGACAUGGCAGCUGCAGUGCCACCGUCUGUGCCACCCUUGGAGUGGUGACACAGGGGCUGCAGUGCCACCCUCAGGGCAGUGACACGAGGACCGCAGUGUCACCUCUGUGCCACCCUCCAAACGGUGACAUGGGGGCUGCAGUGUCACUGUCUCUGCCACCCUUGGAGUGGUGACACAGGGGCCGCAGUGCCACCAUCUGUGUCACUGACAUGGGAGCUGCAGUGCCACCCUUGGGGCAGUGACACGGGGGCUGCAGUGCCACCAUCUGUGCCACCCUGUGUGCCUCAUCGUUCCUGGGCUUCUCUGAGGCCUCACAAGAUGGGAUAACGGGGUGGGAUGGGAUGGCAUGGGACAGUGGGAUGGGACAGUGGGAUGGGACAGUGGGAUGGGAUAAUGGGAUGGGAUAACGGGACGGGAUAAUGGGAUGGGAUAAUGGGAUGGGAUAAUGGGAUGGGAUAAUGGGAUGGGAUAACAGGAUGGGAUAAUGGGAUGGGAUAAUGGGAUGGGAUAAUGGGAUGGGAUAAUGGGAUGGGAUAAUAGGAUGCAGAGGCACAGGUCAGCUCUCCAUGUCCCACAGCCCCACACGCUGCCCCUGCCCGGCCGGGCUGGGCUCCCGGCUGUCCUGAACAGGAGCUGUCUGUCCCUCUGUGGCUCUUCCGCUGCCCACAGCGCCCCCCCGGGGUCUCUGCCUGCCCCCCUCAGGGCUCUGUCCUCGGUCAGGGCGGCCCCAAGGCUCCCGGACAGCCCACGAUGUUGCGGAGUGAAGCGAUGUCCUGUCCCAGCUCCUCUCAGCUGUGCCAACCUGUCCUUCCCCUGCCCCCCUUGCCCCCUUCCCUAAUUGCUGUCUCUCAAGUUCCACAUUCCAGUAAGGGCCUCCUGUGACUGGCACAAGUUCCAAAGAUGCUUCUCAGACCUGGGGUCAUUGGCCUGUCCAGGUGUCACUGUCCCCUGAGACCCUCCCCCUCCCACCUGGUUGGUGGCUCACCUGUCCUCUCCCUCCCCCCUCCCUGAGGGUUUAAAAGACACAGAGACCACGCGGUCGGAGUUCUGUUGGAGCUGUUACCGAGGUUCAGAGCUCUGGCACCCUGCAAUAAACUCUGGAUUUAACCCUCUCUCUUUCCUCUUCACCAUCGCCUGAACCUUUUCCACCAGAGGUAAACUGAGUUUCUACCGUGCCUGGACUCAUUCCGAGUGCCCGACUGCAACCUGCAGCCAGCCCAAGGUGUCUCUGAGGUGAAACACCAUAGU